AUGAUUGGGUUGUUGGCUGUGUCCAAUUGGGGAAAUUUAUUCCGAACAUUUGGUGGUAGUGCUUUCAGUUUCCAUUCCACUAAAAUGUUUGUCUACGGAAAAUAUGUAAGAGUUAUUGAAUAUCCGUUUGGAGACAUGCGAACCAUUCGUCUAAACAUCAACUCGUAUGAACAUUUAAAAAAACGAAUUGCAGAUGCUCACGGCUUGGACACUAGCUCCAUUCAACAAGUUCAUCGAUACGAAGAAAAUUGGUGGACAGAAAAAAUCAAUGACAAUGAAGAUGUACGAUCUCUGAAAGAAUAUCACAUUCUAUUAUGGAGUAGAAGUACAGGACAUAUUCCAACACGUAAUGUCAAUCUCAAAGAAAUUCCCGAUGAAGUCAACCAGGAAGCUGAAGCUUUGGCUGAAGGAACUGGAGCUGUGGUUGGAAUAGGAACUGGCGAAGGAGUUUCCACUUCAGAUCACAAACAUCAUGACGGAAGUGGUUAUUCCACACAUGACAAGACUGUGACUGCCCUCUCUUUCGUUCAUCAUUUGAAAAAGAAGGAUCUUUUCACAGAUGAAGAGUAUCAAAUUUUGACAGAAUUAAUUUUACAACAUGACCCUUAUAUUUUGAGUUUACAUUCGAAUUUUAAGGAUGAUGAAAAUAGUUUUGUAAUUUAUGCCAAGCGUAAAGUCAUUGAUCAUACUGUUGGAUUCCACGCCAUAUCAUUACCUCAGAACUUGAGACAAAAGAAGACUGUUGUGAAAGAGGAAAAGGAUAAAGAUGAAGAGAAUGAUUUGAAUGCUGUCUAUUGA